AUGUAUCAGGGGACCGGCGGGGCAACCGGCCGGCAUCAGAUAAACAUGGACGCGGACGGGCACGCCCUAGCCUGCUUACAACAUAUACGCAGAGACGCUGGCGCCUGCGUCCGCUCGGACAUGCCUUCGUAUCGUUUGAACAACGCGAACAAAUCUGCCUCAAGCGCUUUCAAAGCCUGGGAGACGCUGAGAAUCCUACUGGAGUCGGCUAUGCGGUCUGACACGUACCUCUGCGCACUGGAAUCUCACACCUUGGAAGUCAAUGAUCCGCUGUCCGAACUGCUUUCGCUCGUGUAUAUACCUAAAAGCUGCGUCGAACGCCCCCUUUGCCAAGCCGACCAUCUGCGCCGCAAUGCCUGUUCUCGACAGACCACACUGUACAUGAAUGCGAAGUUACGACCGUGGCCUCCACAUCGACCGCACGCUGUCAAAAAAUGCGGGCUUGACGAGCUCCUUCUACGCCAAGAAAUGCAAAUACAGGUGUGCAGCAAUUUCUACACGCAGCUCUCCACCGCGUCUUCCCCCAAGCGCCGCGUCAAAAAGCGGCCUCCUGACGGGCCGCCCCAGUUAGUGGCACAGCUGUCCUCGCACCUGUAG